UCCAAGUUUAUAGAUGGCGCCACGAAACUUCCGGUUGACCGAAAUAUUUACCAUUCAAAUCCAGCGCUCAUAUGAGAUAACUAAUAUUUUUAUUGCAUAUGUGUAUUAUUAAUCCAUAAUGGGAGAUGACAGUGAAUGGCUGAAACUUCCUGCUGAAGAAAAGUGCCAGCAUAAGACAUGGAAAGCACGUCUAGCAGGAUAUGAAGAAGUUACAAAGAUAUUUGGCCAACAGACUGAUCCCAAGUCUCCUGAAUUCCAGCGCUAUGCUGGCCUUAUGAAGAAGUUUGUCACUGAUACCAAUGCUGUGGCUCAAGAAAAAGCAUUGGAUGCUGUUCUAGCAUUUGUAGAGAAUGCUGCUGUAGCAUCAAGAGUAACUGCUGAUGUAGUAAGUGGUGUGAUAGCUAAAUGUCUUGGUGCACCAAGGCAAAAGACCAAAGAUAAAGGAAUAGAAAUUGUGCUGAUGUUUGUUGAAAUAGAAAAACCAGAUGUUGUUCAGGAGUGUUUAUUGCAAGGAACAGAAAAUAAAAAUCCCAAAAUAGUUGUUGGAUCUAUACAGUUAUUGAGGAUGGCUCUUCAUGAUUUUGGAUUUAAAGUAAUGCCAAUUAAGCCAGUGAUGAAAAUUUUACCUAAACUAUUGGAAGACCGAGACAAGAGCAUUCGUGAAGAAACAAAGCAGCUAGUUAUAGAGAUAUACAGAUGGAUAGGCAAUGCUAUCAAACCACAAAUGUCACAUUUUAAACCAGUACAGGUGACUGAGUUGGAAGGAGAGUUUGAGAAGUUAGGGAAUGAGAAGGCACAGCAGCAGAGAUUUAUGAGAUCUCAACAGGACCUGAAAGCUAAGAUGGAAGAAGCUGCUGCGACAGCUGGGGAGGAGGGAGGAGAUGAUGGUGGAGAGGAAGAAGAAGAAGCUAUAGAUCCAUAUGAAAUGAUGCCAUCUGUUGACAUACUCAAACAACUACCAGCAGAUUUCUUUGAUAAGAUUGAGGCAAAGAAAUGGCAGGAAAGGAAAGAAGCUUUAGAUGCUUUGCUAAAAUUAGUACAGAAUCCCAAAAUAGAAAAUGGAGAUUUUGGUCCAUUGGUUAAGUGUAUAUCAAAGGUUAUUGCCAAAGACACCAAUGUUAUAUUAGUGGGUAUUGCAACCAGAUGUUUAACUGGAUUAGCCAUUGGGUUGAGGAAGAAAUUUUCACCAUAUGCACUCAAUUGCAUACAGAUGAUAUUGGACAAGUUUAAAGAGAAGAAACCUGCUGUUGUAACUGCACUGAGAGAUGCUAGUGAUGCAAUUUACCCUUCUACAACUUUAGAAUCUAUUUCUGAGGAUGUGGUGGCAGCACUAGACAACAAAAAUCCUCAAAUUAAAACAGAGACGGCCUCGUUUUUAUCCCGAUGUUUUUCUAAGUGUACUACAGCAACUUUACCUAAGAAAAUGCUCAAGAUGUUCUGUACAGCUUUACUCAAGACAAUUAAUGAUACAACACCAGAAGUAAGAGAGGCUUCGUAUGCAGCACUUGGUAUGGCCAUGAGAGUUGUUACAGAAAAAAAUAUCAUGCCUUUUCUACCAGACGUUGAUGCUAUUAAAAUGCAGAAGAUAAAAGAAGGCUGUGACAAAGCUGUGUUACUGAAUGCUAAAGGAGAACCCAGGUCUGGUGGUGGUGGUGGUGCAGUCAGUAAACCAGCUCCAGCCAAAGCUCCAGAACCCAAACCUGUAGCUAGACCUAAGACUACAGCCAAAUCUGAUCAAAGACCAAAAACAGCUCCUGCAAAAUCUACAUCAAAGAAAGAUACGAAGGGUAAAGGAGGAGGAAAGAAGGGAGGUGCAGCAGCUGGGGAACUUCCUACAGAAAGUGUUCUCUCAGAUGAAGCUGUAGAGGAUAAAGCUGGUGCAGUGUUUCCUGGGGAGACAUUGAAACAGUUGACAAGUGCUAACUGGAAAGACAGACUGGCUGCCAUGGAAACUAUCACACAGACAAUGAAGGGUAUGUCUAAAGAUGAAAUACCAUGUCAGGCUGUUGUCAAAACAGUUGCCAAGAAACCAGGUCUAAAAGAUAACAAUUUCCAGGUUUUGAAGCUACGAAUAGAACUUUUUACACUUCUUGCCAAGAAUGCCAAGUUCACAAAAGUAUCUGCAGAAUGUGUUUUAUCAGACCUGGUUGAUAAGAUUGGAGAUGUAAAGCAGGGCAAAUCUGUACAAGAAUGUCUCAGUUGUAUUGCUGAGGCAACAUCAUUAGAAUUUAUUUGUAAAGAGGUAAUACCUCUAGGAUUUGAGAACAAGAAUCCUAAGAAUACAGCUGAAACAUUAGUGUGGCUAGCUCAAGCUGUGAAGGACUUCGGACUGAAGUUGAGUGUCAAACCAUUAAUAACCUAUAUAAAGAAAGCUUUUGCAGCAACUAAUCCAGCAGUGAGAGCAUCAGCAAUCACUGUAACCUCUGUUAUCUAUAUGUACAUGGGACAACAAUUUAGAAUGUUCUUUGAGGAUGAAAAACCAGCUUUGUUGCAGCAGAUAGAUGCAGAGUUUGAAAAGGUGAAAGGUGAGAAGCCUCCAGCCCCUACUAGAGGUGUGGUAGCAGGAGGUGAAGGGGAGGAGGAGGAGGAAGAUGAUGAGGAUACACCUAAAGAGGAAGUUAAUAUGGCAGAUCUAAUUGAAAGAAAUGAUAUAGGAGAAAAAUUCACUCCAGAAUUAAUGGAAUCAUUGGUAGAUAAAAACUGGAAGAUAAGGAAAGAGGCUUUAGAAAAAAUCUCAGCCAUACUGAAUGAAGCUAAGUUUAUAAAUGGUAACCUGGGCUCUUUACCAGAAGGGUUGAAAGUUCGACUGGUUGAUAAUAAUAAAGUUUUGGUUGGUUUGACUAUAGGUAUUUGUGUGACAUUAGCCACCAACAUGGGGCCACACUGUAAAGCACAUAUUAAAACAAUUGGACCAGCCCUACUUGGUUGUUUUGGGGAUAUGAAGCCACUGUUACGUCAGCAGGCUGUGAAUGCUUUGACUAUGUGGACAGAUCAAACAUCACUGUUACCUUUAGUGGAAUGUGAAGCACUCAUGGAUACCCUCAAAAUGGAAAAUCCUAAUCUUAGGAUAGAGUUAUUGGGAUGGUUGAUCGAGAAACUGCCAGAUCAUAAAAAGUUACCUGUAGAAUUUAAGAUGUGUAUCCCCCAUCUCCUGUCGUGCCUGGAAGAUAGAAAUGGUGAUGUGAGGAAGAAAGCCCAGGAUGCUGUCGUUCCUUUCAUGAUCCAUACAGGGUAUGACAGUGUCUUCAAAGCUACAUCUAAACUUAAGCCUGCCUCUAAGGAUCAGAUUAUGGCUAUAAUAGAGAAAGCCAGAGGUAAUCUACCAGCUAAACCAGUGAAGCAAGUCAAGAAAGCUGCUUCAUCAUCAGCUGUCAGUAAACCAGUCAAGGAUGACUAUGAUGAACCAGAACCAGUUAAAUCUAGACCUGUGUCGGCUGCACUGUCAGAUUCAGGGGAUGCCAAACCAGCUAAGACAGUAAAAGGGAAAGGAAAGGCAGCUCCUCCACCUGCAACCAGUAAAAAGAAGAAGGCUGAUGAGGAUACAAGUCCAUUGAUGACACUUACUGAACCUAAAGAAAAGAGAUUCAAAGAGGAAAAAGCUCUCAAGGUACUCAAAUGGAACUUCAUUGAGCUGAGAGGAGAAUUUAUAGAACAGCUGAGAACUCAGAUGGAGAAGAAUUUUAACAAAACAAUAAUGGACCAAAUGUUUCAAACUGAUUUCAAAUUACAUAUAAAAGCAAUAGAGAGUUUAAUGAAGUGUAUAAGCACACUACAUGACGAGACUGUUGGUAACCUUGAUCUGAUAUUGAAGUGGUUCACCAUUCGAUUCUUUGAUACCAACCCUAGCAUGUUAAACAAGGCCAUAGAAUAUGUACGUCAAGUAUUCACUAUGUUAUCGGAUGAAGAUUAUCACUUGGUGGAGUUAGAAGCCUCAUCUUUUAUACCAUACCUCAUUAUAAAGGUUGGAGAGAAUAAAGAUAAUGUGCGGAGAGAAGUACGAAGUAUAUUUAAAUUGAUAUGUAAAGUGUAUCCUGCUAGUAAAAUGUUUACCUACCUUAUUGAUGGUCUCAAGUCUAAGAACUCCAAACAAAGAAUGGAGUGUUUAGAAGAAUUAGGCUGUUUGAUUGAAAGCCAUGGCAUUAACAUCUGUCAACCGACUCCAGCACAGGCUCUUAAAACAAUAGCUGGCAAUAUAGGUGAUAAAGACAAUGGCGUGAGGAAUGCAGCACUCAACACCACUGUUGUAGCUUACAUGAUCUUACAAGAUAAACUAUUUAAAUUCAUCUCGUUAAAAGAGAAAGACCAAAGUAUGUUGGAUGAAAGAAUAAAGAGAGCCAUGAAGAAUAAACCUGCUCAAGCUGCUGUUGAGGAACGACCUCGUACAGCUCCACAACAGCAACCUCAAAAACCUCCUCCACAAUCAAAUAUGCAGAGGCCACACACAGCCAUGCCUAAGUCUGCCUCAUCUAACUCUGUGAAGAAAGAGUUUGCUUUAGAAGUUGACGAUGACCAAAUGUCCCAGCCAGAGAUGCCAAAACUUUACCAGUAUGAUCUGGAUGAACUGUUUCAACCUGUUUCACUGCCAUCUGCUGGAAAUAGAGCCAGACCAGCUUCACCUAUGAGAAAUAUGAAUUCCCAAGAUGCAUCAGCUGCUGUUGCUAUGGUGAUCUCACAAAUAACUACAUCAGAUAUAACAAUGUGCAUACAAGCCUUGACUCAGAUAGAUGAGGUUCUUAAAGAUGAAGAAAAGGCAGAAGUAUUAAGUAACCAUGUGGACCAGCUGUUACUGUCAAUGUCCAUGCAAAUAAAAAUGGUCUACUCUACACACAUGAGUAGUGAAUUUACCAGUAAAGACGAUGUAACUCGGUUGUAUAGGUGUUUACUGGGCACACUAUUAGCGAUUUUCCAGAACUCAUCCCUGGCAAAGAAAGCUUCUAAGGAUGUGUUAAAAGAUCUAGUCAAUAGUUUAAUAACAAUUCUGUUAGAUAACCGACUGACUAGUCUGGAGGAAGGAGCACAGGUCAUACGUACUGUUAAUGUUAUGGUUGUGAAAAUUGUGGAGCAUGCUGAUCACACAAGUGUACUAAGUGCAUUGAUCAGACUGUUACAAGAUUGUGUGACCAGUGAAACGUGUACUGUCAAGUUUAUAGAAUUAAUUAUGAAGUGUGUAUGGAAAAUGAUACGAAUGUUACCAGAUAUAAUAAAUGAUCUUAAUCUAGACAGAAUCAUACUGGAUACACACCUGUUUCUUAAAGAAUUCCCAAGUACGUCAUGGAAGAAUCGACCAAGUGAUCUGCCAUUGAGGACAGUUAAAACAGUAUUACAUUCCUUAGUCAAGUUAAAGGGGGCAAAAAUCAUACAACACAUGGGCUCAAUUGAAUCUGCUGAGAAUUCUGAAGUAAAGGCAUACCUACAGAAAAUACUCCACAAUGAUCCUAAUGCCAAGAAUGAAUGGAAUGAAGAACAAAAAACACCCAGGAGUACCCAAAAACCAAAGAAAUUGAAUAAGAAUACUCACGAUAUAUUAGCAGAAAUAUUUAAAAAGAUUGGAUCUAAAGAAAAUACGAGAGAGGGUCUGAAUGACUUGUAUGACUUUAAGAAGAAGUAUCCUGAUGCUGAUCUGGAACCAUUUCUAAAGAAAUCAUCAAAUUUCUUCCAAAACUAUAUAGAAAGAGGUCUUAAAAAUAUUGAACAGGAGAGGGAAGGAAAAGUGCCAUCAGAUUUUGGAGUCUCUGUGAGAUCUGACAAUCUACAGAGUACCAAUGAUUCAUCAGUAGGGCAUCAGGAGAAACAACAGGUGGAUUAUUACAGGGAACGUCUCAAAAUACUUAGAGCAAGAUGUGGAUUGGAUAAUGAGGGCAAGCUAGAAACAGAUAUUACACCAGUGAUAACAAAACCUCCAUCACCAGAACCAGAAAUACAGGUUGAAAUCCAGUCUGCAGAGAAAGAGCCAGAAAUGCCUCGAUCAACCUCAACAACAGAUGUGUCAGAAUUAAAACUAAGACUUGAACGAAUUAAAAAAUUAGCCAAAAGUUGAACAACUAUAUUGAACAUUGCCAUAUUCAUGCUGUUAAGAUCAAGUAACUUUCAUCUUGGUGUCUGUAUCUUCAGCCUAUUUAUCAUGACAUCUAAACAUUGGAUGUUUUCUCAAAGCUAUAGUGUUUCCUGCAUUCGUGAAAGUAUCAACGAGUGUUAUAAUUCAGCUGAGUGCUUUGUCUGUGCAUUGUGUGUUUGUGCUUAUUUCAGACUGAUGUGCUGUAAAGUGUUUCUUAAAUCUAGACAUUAUUUUAUAUGUGAAUGAAAGGCAUAUGAUGUGUGUGUGUGUGUUAUGUAAACCUUCAGACACAAUCAUGGAGAAGGUAGAUUUCAAUGCGUUUUAAAUAAUUUCAGUUCAACUAAAUAACAAUUGAAACCUUAAAUUAUGUUAAUUAUUGAUUACAGAUUUUGUUUUGGAUAUUUUAAGAUUUUCAACCAUUUUUUCAAAGUUUCAAUACUCAUUUAAAAAGAUGUUUUGGGAAUCUUCAAUUGAGUAAAAAAGAGUAUUUAGUUUGCACAUUCAGUAACCAACAGCAAUGGGUGUAAAUCAGAUGAGUUUGAAAAACUGAAGUCUUUAAUUAUUUAUUUUGUACACAAUUUUGAAUUAUUUCAUAUUUUUAGGAUAACCCUUAAAAUACAACCUGUACAUGACUGCAUCUAUGAUUACCAAUUUGUUUCAGUAUUACACACAUUUGUGCUAAAUUAAUGUAUUUUUGAACAUGUCAAUAUAUUUGAAAGUUUAAUGUAUGAUUGUUGAUAGAUUUAUUAUUGCUUUGGGUACAACAUAUUGCCCUCAUGUCUCAUUUUUGUAGGGGAGGACCUUCUACAGUUGAUUUUUCAGCAAUAGAAAUUUUCAUUUGUUUACAAGAAAAAACUGCCAAAUAAAGGAUAACACCAAUGUAAUGUUCAUGUCCUUGUUAUAUUAAUUCUACAUCAAUCAACAUGCUUAUUAUUCUUCAUUAUUCUGAUUGCCAACAUUUAACAUCAACAAAUUAAACAUCCAACUGGCACUAAACUUGUAUUCAUUUGCACACAUAUACACAUUUUAAUGAUUCAAUAAGGUUUGUGGUAGAACCAAAGAUAGCUUCUUAUGAUGAUAUACCAGUGACUAGCAAUUUUCUGUAAUUGUUUUUUUUAAAAAGGCAUUCUUACAUUUGGUAUAACUUUUUCUUCUAAGUACUAGAAUGAAUAUUUAGUUGCAAACUGAAAACAUUUUUGUUAUAUGUUUGUUCUUAUAAUACUCUCCAUUAGAUUUUGUGCUAAAUUUAGCCAAGACUUCAGCUCGUUCGAUUUCAUUUUAGUAUGUCUGUUAAAUGUUUUAACAUGGUAUACAUCAUUCUUCCCUUAAAUCUUCAGUGUCAUAUAACUUUGGCUACCUAAAUGUAGUUUGAUCAUUAAGGAAAUGUGCAAUACUCAUUUCUGAUGCUUGCAAUUGAUCGCACAAAUAUUAAUUUAUAGCUCAGUAGUGUUGUUUCAUAAUUGUAUCUCUCAUCCUGAGUAUGCAUUAAAUAUUCACCAUUGACUAUUAAACCAAUUAUAAGAAUCAUUCAUAAGGAAUACAUGGUUUAUAUAAGUAUAUUUUCUUUAGAUUUUCAGUUUACUGAAAAAGGAAAUUUCAAAUUGAUUUUUUAAAGUUUAAAUUAAUGAUUGAAUGAGACUUUAACAAUUUGUAAUUUGAAUUAUGGUUUUAAAAAAUUAUGAUCAAAAGUUUCCAAGCCACAUUUUGUGCAAAAUUGUGCUGUUUUGUAAGAAUUAUUUAUGAUAAAAGUUGAAAAGGGGAAAAAACUACCAGUAAGCAUUUGAAAUAUGCCAGAAAUUAAAAAGAAAAAAAAUAUGCUGUCACAUAAAAAAAAAAUAAUUGACUGUACAUUCCUUCAUAAAUAUAAGUAAAAGAAAAAUCGAAAUUUGUAAAGAAAAAUUACAAGAUAAAAUCCUGUAUUUUUUUUCUUUCAAAAGAAAGUCUGAGAUUAAAAAAAGUACAUGAUUACUUUUAGCUUAAAUUCAAAAAUGUUAUAAUUUUGUGUGUUAUUGUUCUUCAGUUUUCUCCUCUUGCAAUUUGGCAUUUUUCGUUUCGGCAUUUGAUUUAUAGAUUUCUCAAUGCAUUUGUGUUGUAAGGUGUUUCAAGAGGAUUUAUUCACUUUAUUUUAUAAAACUUAACAACUUUUUCACAAUAAAAUAAUUUGUAGAAUGUUCGGUAUAACUUUUAUGAAGUAAAAUGUAUAACUGCAUGAAUAUAUUUUGGCUAAUGGUUCCAUCUUGUUUUAUUGUUUACUUAAAUGCAUGUGUUGAAUAAGAAAAGUUUGAAAAUAAUGAGUAUUGCUGGUGAGUUUUUAAAUGAUAACCUCAGUGUAUGAUGGAAUAAGUAAAUCCUAUUAUUUACACGUGUUUUGAAUUUGUUUUUUCUUUCAUAUGCUUCUUUAUUGUUUAAGAAGGCAAAAUUCUUACUCUUGAACAUAUUGUAAUUAUAACUCAAGGACUGUGUGUUUAAUUUUAUUUUGUUGUGAGGCAUGUGAUGUAUGAUAUUAAGAAUUGAUGUAUAAACUUUAAAAUCUGAUUAUGAUAGAAAUAACCCCAAAAAAUGAUUAUUUCUCUUCUUUCUAAUUUCACUUGAACAAUCUUUCCUUUCUAUCCUGUCAUAGAUAGUGCACGGUAUAAGAAUAUAUUAUUUUAAUUAAAAACACAGGUAGUACGAAUCUCCUCUCCAUAUUGGAGAUCACUUAUACUAGAAUAUCACUUGUUUUUUUGUUUUGUUUGUUUGCCUUAAUUGUAUUUAAGUGCUAUGAUCAAACUGUACAGUUUUUGUUUAAUUAUUUUAAUUUAAUGAAAUAAUGUUCAAAUAAAGUCUUCAAUAUGAAGAACCUGCAAAUUAUGUGAUAAUAAAAUUACUAAGUUCUA